AUGCGAGCUCCCGACAAGGCCUCGCGUGCGAUGGCGCGACUCCCUUUCGAGGCUCAUCGAACACGACUGCCAAACUUACUCUAUCUCUUUUCAUUUUGCCCGGCAGUACCAUCCCCGUUCGCAUCGCCGCGUGCGUUUUUCCGACAUCCAGGCGUCCUCUAUGCUAUCGGCUUUGUAGCAUCCAUUACGGCGGGGGUCGUCAUGCCCGGCUUCGAUUUGCUGUACGGUCACUGGUCUAACAAGAUCACUCCCGCUUCCGCAAGCCCACAGUCCAUUCGCAGCUCUUCCAACUACGUCGCUUGGAUCACCACCAUCCUCGGUCUCUCCCAGCUUUUGCUCCUGUGGCUCUUCUUGUCUAGCUUCUCCACUGCCUCCCACGAUCUCACACAGCGACUUCGACACUCCUACGUUGCCUCCGUUUUGGCCCAGGACGCCUCUCACUUUGAUCUUCAUGGCGCCGGUGAAAUCGCAAAUCGCGCCAGCAAAGACAUUUCGGUUAUUCGUGCUGGCUUCGGCGAGAAGGCUGCCUACCUGACUUGGUCUGUCUCCACCCUCCUCGUCGCAGUCAUUGUCGGGUUUGUCAAGGCGCCCAGAGUUGCUGGUGUGCUGUUUGCCCUCCUUCCUCUCAUCACCAUCAUCUUUGCCGUUCUCGCCAAGGCCACCGAGAUCGUGGGCGCUCCCGCCCUUCGCAUCGAGGGCCAAUCCUCCACCUUUCUCGAGCAGAUUCUCGGUUCGGUCCGCGUCGUUCAGUCCUUUGGCAUGGAAUCUCGCCUGAUCGAACGCCUCGACAAGGCCAUGCUCAAGCCUCUCGAGAAGCUCGGCAUGCGCAAGUCUGCCAUUCGAGGUCUCGAGAACAGCGCCGUCUACCUCAUGCUCUGCCUCACCUACUCUCUCGCUUUCUGGUGGGGCGCUAUCAACAUUGUUGAGGGCAAAACCGACGUCGGAAACCUCUUGACAACCUUUUGGAACUACAUGAAUGCUUCCUUCGCCCUGGCAAACGUUGUCCCCCACCUUGCCGGCAUUCUCGACGCAUGCACUGCCCUCAGGCAGGUCCGAAGGGCCAUCGAACGCGAACCAAAAAUUGACAUUCGCCAGGAGCGCGGCAUCAUCCCCGCCUCUGACGCCAAAGACUGGUCUCCCAGCUUCCAGCUAGAUCACGUCACCUUUUCUUAUCCAUCUAGGCCCAACAUCGCCAGUCUCAUUGACGUGUCUAUUCACUUCCAGCCUGGCAAGGUCACCGCUCUCGUUGGACCUUCGGGCUCGGGCAAGUCGACCAUCACCAGCCUUUUGCUUCGGGAGUACGACCCGGAGGUCGCCAACAUCCUUCAUCCUGACGAUGCGCAAGAUGCCGAUGCUAUGCAGAACGACGAAUCCGCCGAUGUUGAUGCUCUUGACGAGAAGGUGAGCAAAAAGGACAAGAGGAGCACUCCUUAUCUGUCAAAGAGCUCAUCAAAGGAUGCUUCAGCCUGUGAAGACGUGGAGAAGUCCGAACCAAGCGCUGAUGCCAAGGGCCGGAUCCAAGGCGCUGGCAGAGUCUGGUUCGCUGGUCACGAUGUCCGCGACCUCAACCUUCGAUGGUUGCGAUCGCAGAUCGCGAUUGUGCAACAGCAUCCACAGCUCUUCACCGCCUCGAUCUUCGAGAACGUCGCAGCUGGUCUCACAGGAACGGAAUGGGAGUAUCUUCCGGACAUCGACGGCGAUCCGAUGGCCGCUGGUUAUGACGCCACCCGGACUGCCGCCAUCCGAGACAAGGUCAUGCUUGCUCUUCAAAAAGCAGAGUGCUGGCACUUUGUCUCCAAACUUCCGCAAGGGAUGGACACGCCGGUCUCUGGCGGUCGCACUGGUCUCCUCUCCGGUGGCCAGCGUCAGCGCGUCGCCAUCGCCCGCGCCCUGGUGCGAGAGCCGCGUCUGCUUUGUCUUGACGAAGGAACCUCCGCCUUGGACUCGGACACUGAGAGCAAGAUCAAAGUCGCAUUGCAACGAGAACAGCAAGAGCGUGGCAUGACCACCAUCCUCAUCGCCCAUCGCCUGAGCACUAUCGAACAUGCCGACAGCAUCGUUGUGCUCAAGAACGGCCGAGUCGUCGAGCAAGGCAAUCAUGAAUCGCUCAUGCAGAGUAAAACAGCUCACGACGCAGGCGUCUAUCGCAGCAUGGUUAUGCAGCAACGAUACCUUGUUGAGCACGAGAUCGAGUUCGAGGAAGAAGACGAUAAGGCGGACAACCAAAAGUCUGGCAAGACUUCGGUCACCAAUGCUACGCCAGCACCAUCUUCAUCCGCUGACUCGUCGCGUGCUUUAUCCGACAACGGCGAGCAAGCCGACGAUUUCGAGACGCAAGGCCGAGCUAGGCCGGCCAACGCUCUGUCGGAUGUUAUGAGGACAAGGGCAGCUGGUGUCUCGGUUCGGUCCGCUUCGAUUGUUCCAGAUGAACCUCUCCUUCGCCGUGCUGCUCGUCCUGUCCCACUCAGCCGUCAUCGCAGCAUCCGGGCCUCGACAACUGAGCACCGCAACUUUCAAAAAAUAAGAACCUCUGCGGAUCAGCACGAGCACGCACAAGAAGCAACUACAGGCGUACGGGAUGCGGAUUUUGCGCUUCCCUCCAACACAGCCGCAGCUGUCCCGAACAAUGUUCAGACCCAAGACACCAAGAGUCCACAAAGCCAAGCAGAGAACGAACUUCGUAGCAAAGCUGACCGCAAAAAAGAGAAGCGUCGCCUCCGUCAGACCUUCUUCCGCUACCUCAACGAUCAAAAAUUUUGGUUCUCCAUCGGUAUCCUCGGUGCUGGUGCAACCGGUGCCAGUUUCCCGGUGGCAGGUUAUCUGACGGGAGGUGCCGUCAACUCGCUUUCAAUCGAAGGCGACAAUGCAAGACUUCGGCGUGAGAGCAACCGCUGGGCGCUCUGGUUCCUCGUGUUAGCCCUUGCCGAUCUCGUCAUCGUCAUGAUCGGCAGCUUCUUCCUCGAGACCGCUUCGGAGCAUGUCAUGAGAAAGCUCAAGAGGGAAGGCUUCGCCUCGCUGAUCCGACAAGAGAUCGGAUUCUUUGAUGCCGAGGAAAACGCAAGCGGUGCCAUAAGCGCGGCCCUAUCCAGCCAUCCUGCCAACGUCGCCGCUGCCACUGGGUUGAUUCUGGCCCAGGUCAUCAUCGGCAUGGUCAAUCUGCUCGGUUCUGUCGUUCUCGGUCUUGCCGUCUCAUGGAAGACGGCGUUGGUCUGUCUCGCUCCCAUCUUUGUGCUCUUUGCCUCUGGCUGGCUCAACAUUACCAUGCUCGAAAAGUACGAAGGCAUGGCUCAAAAACCAGCCGAUCGCGCCGCUUCAUAUGUGUCUGAAAACGUCGACGCCAUCAAGACAGUCGCUGCACUGGGGCGAGAGGCAGAAACCAUGCGCGUCUUUGACGAACGUGCUCGAGCGGAUCCCAAUCGCACGCGAUACCUGAUCUUUGGUGCCGGAGGAUUUGCCCUGUCGCAGGCCAUGAUCAUGUGGCUUGCUGCACUUGUCUUCUACUGGGGCGGCAGGCUCUUCAGCAAAGAGGAAGUUUCCCUUACUGACCUCUAUGCAGCGUUCGAAGCCGUCUUCAUCGCAGCUUUUUCGGCCAGUCGUCUUUUCACCUUUGUGUCCGAUUACGGCCGUGCAGUCAACUCGUUCAAGACGAUUUCGGGCUGGAUUAAUCGCAAGCCCCGCGUCGACAGCAUGAGCGGCCUACCCGAGCUUGAUCCUGCUUCCCGAGCCAAAGUGCAGGAUGGCAGCUAUGCUUCGGGAGAUAUCACACUCAAGACUGUCGAGCUUCGCUAUCCUCGGCGACCCAACCAUCCCGCACUUGAAGAGCUUAGCAUCCGCAUCCCUGCCGGAAAGAGCGUCGCUUUCUGCGGUACAUCUGGCUCGGGCAAGAGCUCUAUUCUGGCUCUGCUGCAGCGCUUCUACGAUCCUUGUCAAGGCAGCAUCGAGUUUGGCGGUGUGGAUGUGCGGCAUGUGCCCAUCGAAGUUCUUCGCCGGCAGAUGGCCUAUGUUUCGCAGGACCCGAUCUUGUACCAAGGCACCAUUCGCUGGAACUUGUCGCUCGGCUCCAACGACCCAGACUUGGUGACGCAGAAAGAGCUCGAGAAGGUCUGCGAGGACGCUUACAUUCUUGACUUUGUUCGCGGUCUGCCCAACGGCUUCGACACCGAGAUCGGCUUCAAGGGCUCACAGCUCUCUGGAGGCCAGAAGCAGCGUCUUUGUAUCGCUCGAGCGCUGUUGCGCAACCCGAAGAUCUUGCUACUGGAUGAAGCAACCUCAGCGCUCGAUGCCGAGUCCGAGAUCCAGGUCCAGCGUGCACUCGAUCGCGCCGCCCUCGACAGGACGACCGUCACCAUCGCGCACAGGCUCAGCAGUCUCAGGAAGUGCGACCUGAUCUUCGUGGUCGAAGACGGCAAGAUCCUUGAGAGCGGUACGCACACAGAGCUUCUUGCGCGUGAAGUCAGCAGGUACCGUGAGCUCAUGGAGUUGCAGCUCUAG